AUGUUACCAUUACUAUUCAUUUUAUGUGUAACAGGAGCCAAUGAUUGUUUUGAAGAUUAUCAAAGAUAUAUGUUAGAUAACAGUGUGAAUAAUUCACCGUGUACAAGAUUAGGAGAUUGGCGAAAUGUUAAUGUACGUAGAUCAGGUGGAGGAUCAUGGUGGGAGAAUUUAGAUUGGCCAUGGGAAGCACAUGAUGUAGAUCAACAUGCCGAUUCAUCAAGUCAAUAUCGUAGUAAGGUGACUAAAGGAGUUCGAAAGUUACGGGAAAGGGAAAAAGGUACUUUUAAUACGGAUUUUUUAAGAGAAUUGAAUGACAAAAAUCAAGUAGGAGAUCAAGACGAUUCAGAUUCAGAUGAUGGAAAUCAAGGAGGUCAAAGUAGUUUUAAUCCAACUACUUCAUCAAUCCAAUCCAGAGGAAGAAAAUCAUCAUCAGAAGUCGUCGAUUAUUCAACCCCCACCUCAGGAACAACUAAAUGGGAAAGAACGCUAUGGAAAAAAUUAGAAGUAGGAGAUAUAAAUUUAGAUGGAGAAACGAAUUUGAAACCACGUAAAUCGAUUAAAUCCACUAAAUUGAUCUCAAAUGAAGAAGAUUUAGAACACGCUCAUUUCUUAAUUGCUUCAGAACCACCUAAUGCGAAUCUGUAUGCAUAUAAUGCUACAUUAAAGUAUUGGACUCAAGACGAACGUGAAGGACGUGAACAUCCAGUAACUGAAGGACGUAAACUUGAAAAAGGAUCUGAGAAAAGAGAAGUGAUUGGGGUUAAUGAGAUGUUAUUGAGAGGUUGUACUUUGAGAAAUACUCAACGGGUUAUGGGUUUAGUGGUCUUUACUGGUAAAGAUACUAAAAUCAUGUUAGAUCAAGGUGAUACUCCUUCCAAGAAAGCCAAAAUCUCAGAUGAAACCAAUUAUGCUGUGAUCAUCAAUUUCGUCAUCUUGGUUUUACUCUGUGCUAUCAAUGCGAUUGGAGAUGGAAUCUAUUCAGGUAAUACGUCAACUAGUCCUUAUUAUUAUGAACAAAACGCAAGUAUCUUUUUGAUUGCUACAUUAGAUGCAUUGGUCACUUUCGGUGCAGCUUUGAUUCUGUUUCAAUCAAUUGUACCCAUCUCAUUGGUCAUCACUCUUGAAUUUGUUCGAACGAUCGAAGCUUUGACGAUUUUCAGAGAUAUCGAAAUGUACUAUGAACCCUCGAAUUGUCCAGCUGAACCUAAAUCAUCGAAUCUUUCAGAUGAUCUAGGUCAAAUCAAAUAUAUCUUUAGUAUUGCUUAUGGAGAAGGCGUUACUGAUGUGAUGAGAGGAGCAGCUAAAAGAGGGGCUGAUCAUGAUCCAUCUGCAUUAGAUGAUCCGACUUUAGCUGCUACUCAUUUAGCUGAAUCUGAACUAAGGAUGAUUGAUUUGAUGAAUCGACAUUUUCGACAUCGAUAUUUAAAUUCCAAAAGUCUUACCUUGAUCUCACCAGGAUUAGUGGAAGAUAUGUUCAAUGAAGAUCUUGAAUCAGAAGAACAUCGGAUUAGAAUGAUUGAAUUUUGGACUUCACUUGCUUUAUGUCAUGAUGUGAACGCAGGUAAAAGUGAAGGUAAAAUCGAAUAUAAAGCUGAAAGUCCAGGUGAAGCAGCCUUAGUAGCAGCAGCAAGAGAUUUAGGAUUUGUGUUUGUGAAGAAAUUAGGUGACCAAUUAUAUUUAGAAAUCUUGGGCGUCAAACAAAAGUAUCAACUUUUGAAGAUUAUCGAAUUCAAUAGUUCUAGAAAACAAAUGAGUCGUUUGGUUAGAUGUCCGAAUGGAAAAAUCAAAUUGAUCUGUAAAGGUGCUGAUAGUAUUAUUAUGGCAAGAUUAAGAUCAGAUCAUGAGUUAGAAUAUGAAAAUCGAAUGAAUGCCAAGUUUUAUAAUGAAAAACAGAAAAAGAAGAAUGGAAAACAUUCACAACAACAACAACAACAACCGAUUAGAAGACUCAAUCUAGAUCUGAAAGUGUCAAAAUGA